AUGAGAAAGGAGACCGUGGAGAAAACAGCUGUCACCCACUUCUCCCCUGACACGCCGUGGCACUGGGGCUGUGAGCUCAGAGGCCUCCAGGGCCCCCUCCUCCUGGAGAAACCAAGUCAGUUGCCCCCCACUUUCCUCCAGGGCAGGCAAGGGGAGCCUCCCAGCAGGGAGGCUCAGCAAGCGGGUGCAGGUCUACAGUCACCCAGCCUAGAGCCCCAGCCCCCCGCAUGGCCACGCCAUGAUGCAGAAGCCACGCAGGCGCCCCUGAGAGAUUCCAGCGGUCACCUGGGAAACACCGUGAGCCACGAGAGCAGCGUCCUGUCAAGCCUGCAACACUCCAGCCUAGUGCAAUGCAUUGACAUCAGCCGGCUGAGCAGCGGGUACGCAGGGGAUGAGGAGAACAGCGAAGUCAGCUUGCCGGGCAGCCAUCAAAUCGUGCGGUUGAGCAGAAGGCCCCACACCCAGGCAGGUGGUGCCCAGAACAGCCAGGUGUGCGCCAUCUACUCUCCCAAGCAGCUGAAGAGACGACUGGCCCGCCAAGCCAAAACCACCAAGCAGUCUGGAAGAGAACACCAGGCCAGCAACCACCAGAGCGUCAGGGUGGACAGCCACGUGCAAAGCGGGCUGCAGAGCAAAACCAGUCUUCCAGGGGACAAAGCUGGGGACAGCGUGAAUGUCAGUGGCCAGGUCGCCAAGGAUGAGCAGCCUGCCCAGGUGCACGUGCCUUUAUGA